CUGUGACUUCUAACAGUCUCAUCAGCCUGUAGUGAGAAAACAUGGGCCGACAGAAGAUGUACUUGGACAAACUGGCCCGGUCCUUCCAGAUCCGUAACCUGCUUCUUCGGCAGGCGUUGGCAGAGUGUCUCGGUACACUCAUCCUUGUGAUGUUUGGCUGUGGUGCUGUGGCCCAGCUGGUGUUGAGCGGUGGUUCACAUGGCAUGUUCCUCACUGUCAACUUUGCCUUUGGCUUCGCUGCCACCUUAGGCAUCCUGGUCUGUGGCCAGGUAUCAGGUGGCCACCUGAACCCUGCAGUGACCUUUGCCCUGUGUCUACUUGGAAGAGAGCGCUGGAGAAAAUUCCCCAUGUACUUCCUCUUUCAGACAAUCGGUGCUUUUUUGGGUGCCGCCAUAAUUUUUGGCAUGUACUACGAUGCACUGUGGGACCAUCCCGGAUGCUUCAAUGUGACUGGGCCUAGUGCCACAGCUGGCAUCUUUGCCACCUACCCUGGAAAACAUCUCACCCUUGUCAAUGCCUUCUUUGAUCAGAUAAUUGGCACAGCAGCGCUAAUAGUUUGUAUCCUGGCUAUUGUGGAUCCAUACAACAACCCCAUCCCCCAAGGGCUGGAGGCCUUCACUGUGGGAUUUGUGGUUCUGGUUAUUGGAUUGUCUAUGGGCUUUAACUCAGGCUAUGCUGUCAAUCCUGCCAGAGAUCUUGGACCACGUAUUUUCACCUCUCUGGCUGGGUGGGGCAGUGAAGUUUUCACGGCUAGAAAAGGCUGGUUCCUGGUGCCCAUUUUUGCCCCAUUCCUUGGCACCAUCAUUGGUGUGAUGAUCUACCAGAUGAUGGUUGGCUUCCAUGUGGAGGGAGAAGUACGUGACAAAAAGAACUUAGAGGAGGAAAAUGUCCGGCUCACCAAUGUCAACACCAACAAUUCCAAAGAGGCUACCAAAGAAGUGCACUGAGUGUGUUAGAGACGCUACGAGAUUCACAUCCUGUAAAUACUAACACACACCAACAUUUUUCCUUCCACGAAUGUGGAAGCCACAACUGUUUUUUUCCACACCAUUUUACAGCUGUCAGGAUAUCUCCCAAAACAGCCGUGUGUAUGUGAAAACAAGCCACUUACAUUAUUAUGUGAUUGUAGAGGAACACUUGUGUAUGAAUGUAGAGGAGAGAAACACACCUUCAGAGACACAGAAUUACAUUAAUUCUUUUAAAAGAUGAACAUUAGGAUCUUAGUGUCU